AUGUCAAUCCUGAAAGUUAUAAUUGUGUCAUUGCUUGUAAUAAUUGAAAUAAUUUAUGGACAUGAUGUAAAUCUUCAUCUUAACUUAUCCAAUAUUGAUGAAAAUUCAGGCUUAACAAUUGGAACAUACAAGUCAAAUUUUACUGGAAAAAUGUUUCCAUUGAACCAGAAGCUUGAUUGGGAAUUUGAGUUUAAAAGUGUUGUUGGAUCAAGUUUGUCUAAAAAUCGAACAUUUAUUUCAAAAAAUAUAGCUGUGAUUAAAAUUGGCGAUAAAGCAUGGGAAAAAGAUUUGAAUAUUAUUCAGCAGUUCAAGACUGUCUGUAAGACUAUUAGAUAUGCUUAUGAAAUGAAUAUAGACGAUAUUUUAAAUGAGAGUUUUGAAUGUCAACGUCCAGUUACAGGCUAUGUCAGUCGUUUUUACUGCACAAAAAAUUACAGUAGGUUUAUAGGUUACAGGUGUGUUGAACUCCACUUCGUUGCGCUUCGUUACGUUCAACUGUUUAUAGAUUACAGUAGGUUCAUAGGUUACAGGUGUGUUGAACUUCACUUCGUUGCACUUCGUUACGUUCAACUGUUUAUAGAUUACAGUAGGUUUAUAGGUUACAGGUGUGUUGAACUUCACUUCGUUGCACUUCGUUACGUUCAACUGUUUAUAAAUUACAGUAGGUUUAUAGGUUACAGGUGUGUUGAACUCCACUUCGUUGCACUUCGUUACGUUCAACUGUUUAUAGAUUACAGUAGGUUCAUAGGUUACAGUAUGCUGCAAACACAGCAACUAUUACCAAAUGCUGAAAACUUUAUUGCUGACUUCGACUUGUAG